AAAUAUUUCCAUUUCCAGCCUUUGCAACUACCAGAGCCUCAGAAACAUUUUUAAUCCAUGGUUCUUCUGACCCUCAUCUUAAACACUAAACCAUAAACCCUGUGUGCUGCACAGAUAUGGAGGAUGAGCUGAAGAACUUCCUCAGAGAGAGAAAGGCCCGAGUGGCAGACGACAAAGCCAGUUUACAGCAAGAUCUGCCCUAUAUGGAACUAAAGAGCAGGCCCCAAAGAACCUAUGUGACCACAGUGAAGGAGAACAUCCCUCCCAAAACACAAGCACAAGAAUGUGAGUCGAGUGUGGGGUUGCCUCUUGGCCUAGAGUACGAGAAGAAAAAACAAAAACUGCAACAAGAACUCCGCAUGGACUACAGGCACUACAUCACACAGAAAGCCCAGAAAGACUUUGGGGACCCUGAGCCACUGUCCCUCUGCAAUGACCCGAGACUGUUUAAGCCUUCUCUCAUCCCAAAUGUUCGACCACCUUCUCGGAGAGACGCUGCAACGCUCACAGAGGACACCAGUGGGCAGGAGAAAGCGCCCCCUACAGCUGAUGCUCCCAACAGAGCAGGGAGAUGCAUCGACCUGGAGUCAGAAGAAACACAAAACAUCCAGUUAACAGAGUUAACAGAGAGAACGCAGAAAUAUAAUACUGUGAAGAAUGGGAUCAAUAAGACUGACUGGGAGAAGAGGGAUAUCAAGUUUGGGCGGAGAUCUAAAACAACAUGGAGCGGGGAAGAGGAGUUUGCAACUGGCCUCCUCAUCGGAGCAGCAAACACAGAAGAAAUUUUACAGAUGAAGAAAGAACGCUACAGAAAAGACCUCCAGGAGCAGAUCGCCGAACAACACAGGAACAAGAAAAGAGAGAGAGAACUGGAGCUGAAAGUUGCUGCCACUGGAGCAAAUGAUCCUGAGAAACCGCCGGACCGUAUCAGGGAGUUUGGUCUCCAGCGAAGGAGAGAUGAGAGGAAAGAGGAGAGAAAGGUGGAGAGGAAGGAGGAGAGGAGAGAAGCAGCUGUAGAGACAGACUUCCCUCUUGUUCCUAUGAAUGUGAAGACUGUGGUGGAUAAGGCGACUCCUGCUCCAGAGCUCCCCCGUGUGGCCUUUCAGAGUCCUAUCCUGGGCUACAGCUCUGCUCUGGGUCUGGGAGGACAGGCGCUGUACCCAUUGAACCAGCCAAACGGACUACUGUACCCAAGACCAAUGGACACUCCCAGGAUACCUUUGUACCCUCCCGCACAUCCUUCGUCCACUCUGGGAGAUGUCUACAGAAGAUCUCCUUAUGAAAAUCCUCCUCCUCUUCAUCAUCAUCACUACUACAACAGGAACCCACUGGAACCACAGACUCCAUACUAUAACCAUUUAGCCAUCCCUGGUGGGGUUCAUGUGCCUUACUGGAACUUACCACCUGGAGGUGCUGUCUCCAGUCACUAUGGGAACCACAGUCCUCACAGUCAGCGCAGCGAGAGCACUUUCCCAGACCCUCCACCACAUCCUCCUCCUGAAGUGUCCUCUACAGACUCGUGUGUCGCUCAGUUUCCUCCAGACAAACCAAGGUCAGCUCGAGAGCGAAUCCUGAGCUACGGAGAUGCGCUCAGACAACAGAUCCAGGAACAGCAGGAGCGCAGGCGUGUGGAGCAAGAGGAGAGGGAGAGAUACGAGGCUCAACUGGAGGAGGACCUGAGGAGACAUCAGCCCUGGGGACGAGGAGGAGGAGGAGCCCCCCUGAGGGACAGUGCAGGGAAUCUUAUAGCUGACUUAAAGCAAAUGCACAGGCUGAAUGAGGAGGCGUACAGUCACCCAGAGCAGAGGAGAGCAGCUCUGAUGAGACCAGAGUCUGACCCAAACGAGAGGGUCAAUGGUACAGUUUCUGUGUGCAGUGAGCCAGAUACUAAUGACCGAAUCAAUGGUUUCACUCAUGUGCAGUCUCCCCAGUUUGCUCGUGGUUCUGUGUUUUCUGCCUCACCUUCACAGCAGCAGCUUCAGGAGCAGGACAAGUACAAGGCCUACCUCAAACUACAGAUUGAUGAAAAGAUGCGGAAAAAAGCGGACGAGAGGGAGCGACUGCGCCUGGAGGAGGAGAAAGAGGAAAAGAGACUGGCUGAGCAGAGAGAGAGAAUACAGAAGGAGUUUGAAGAGGAACAGGAGAGGAAGAGACAUAAAGAACAAGAGCAAAAAGCCAAGAAUGAAGAGUUGAUCCAGCUGGCCGAGAGGAAAAGAGAAGUGGAGAGAAAGAAGAAAGAGGAGGAGGAGGAGAGAGAGAGCGAAGCUCUGAGGAGACGACAGGAGAGAGAGAGACAGACACAUGUUACAGAGAUCUGCAGAGAGCCGUCUCCUCCAAUCCCGACUCUACAGAAGAAACUGGGUCUGUCUACGUUCAGUCCUAGACCUCCCACAGUGGAAAGCCAGCAGUCCCUCCCUCUGCUCUCUGAGAGGUCUUUAUCUGGGCUCCAGUCACCCCCUGUCCCUGCACGGAGGAACCAGCUGCGAGCAGCAGAAGAGAAUCGUGAAGUGUUCAGUGAGCUCUCUGCUCUCACGAGGCAGCUCAGGAUUGAACAUAAGAGACUGGAAGGUCGUCUACAACAGGACAGGGAGUGGGAUCUGGAUUCUCCACUCAGCGACAGACAGAGAGAGCGCCCCCAGGUGGACGUGUUUGAUAUGGCACGGCUCAGACUCAGGGCUCCUCUUAGAAGGCCUAGGUCCAGAAACACAGAGCCCAAGAACCUACUGCAGAUACAUGACUCCCUACAGCUAAAGUACAACGAGUCCAAGUUGGGUUCUGGUGAAGCCCCUAAAAAUGUCUACAGAGAUCCAUUCCACAGUGAAAGGUCUACUGUACAGGGAGAAUAUUUUGACUUUUCUCCAACCCAUCACAAUGACUAUUUGCGGAGUGUUCUGGGAGGGUCCUCGAGAUGUUCACUGCUGGAAUCUGAAAGUGCUUUUAUUGAGCCUCUUGGUGAAACAUUCCCUACUCUUCCCUCUCUGGAGCAGAAGAGGGCUCCACUGUCUGCACGAGAGAGGAGGAGACAGGCCAAAGCUCAGCCACAGAAUGUGAAUUCUUCAACCUGUAAAGAGGACCUCCCCCCUCAGACUGGGAGCAGAUUGCAGCGGGAGCAGAGUCACAGGAGAAACCACCGCAACAGGGCAGGGGCCGGUCGCCAUGGUAACACGGAAUCAGUUGUAGAUUCAGAUGAAGACUCUCCUCCUCUUGAUCCAGAGAUAGUUCAGAGAAACACUUGGAGGCACCUGGAGACCUCCAAGUUAGACGGACCCAUCAGGAGAGAUCGCCUGGUCACAUAAUACACUUCAGCCUCUUGACCGAUCAGUUAAGAGUGAGCACCUGGUCACACUGUCUCUUGACCAACCAAUCAGGAGAAAGAGCCUAUAUAGCAAAUUCAUGUUAACACAAAUAGAAGUUUACCUGGCCUUGCAAUUGUAUUUCUCAUAAAAACACAAAAAUGUACUCUGAAUUUUAAAGCUACCCUAUGUAACUUUUUAUGGCUGUUCUACCUCUUGCUUGUCUCCAUGGAGAUGCUUUACCUGGAAUAUUCCAGUAUUGCAUUAUUCAAUAACAGGUAUUAUUGCUCAAAAAUACCUUGGAAAACCAUGCAUUUUUACUAUGGCCGGAGACGCCUCUCCAAAGAUCUGACCAGUAAGUUCGCCCUGAGAUGUUGUGGUUGCUGUUUCUCCAUAGUUUAAUGCCAUACUGUGGAACAUUCUAGGCAACACAAUAAUCUCCAUGGUGACAAACAGGUGGCAGAAAAAAAGCCAAAAAAACAAAAACAAGAUAGUGUUUCAACCAGUGCUUUCAGUGCUUUUACUGAUAGAGGACGAGCUGUAGACCUCUUGCUUAAAAAGCCCUGAGGUGAUCAUUGAUGAUUUGAAGGGACUAGAGCUUGUUUAAAAAUGUGAUGAAUUGAUUUAUGACCACUUCUGAUUAAAAUUGUAAUCUUGUAAUCUGAAAUUAGAAUGACUUUAUAGGCUGCUGUUAUGCCUUCUGUUUAUCCCAAUGGCACAAAGUCAGUUUUAUAUUUAUUUAUGCAGGUCCCAAACACUGUACUUAAUUUAAUUCAAUUGUUCAUUAUCUAAUUUGAAAGCAUUAUUAUUGAGGAAUUGUAUGAACUAUUAUAUACAUUUGCAAUUCAGUGUAAAUAUUUGAUCUCUCCUACUUGCUUAAAAACAUUAAAAUUUCCAUCUUGUGUUUCACUAAAGUCAUAAAAUUCAUUUCAUGUUAUACUUUGUUUAGUAUGACAUUUUUGAUUUUUUUUCUCUUCAUUUUGGAGUAACAUAUCUGCACUGUUUACAUGGACAAUAGUGAAGACACAUCAAUGUGUCUUUAUAAAAUAUUAGAACCAGGAGAAUAUGUCAUCUGCAAUAUGCAGAUAUUCUGACGUAUGCAAGUUUUUUUUUAUGUAAUUAAAUUAUGUUUUUAAUAAAAUUUAUUUUUACUA